GAGACACCUGAUAGACUCGAUGGGAGACCGCACUUGUUUUAUCAGGAAACAUGCUCGGUUACCAUUUAAUGCCAUUUUCUUCACCAUAAUGAUGCACUAUUGUACAUCAUCGUCUUUUCCACCAACAGUAGCUCCUCUCUUCAACGAAAGGCCUUUUGUGCUGCUAUGGAAUGCUCCCAUUUCCAAAUGUCAACAACUAAAAGUUCCUUUAGAUUUAUCACAGUUCCAGGCAGUCACCACUCCAGCAAGGGUAAGCAAUCAACCCCUGACCCUGUUCUACAAACAUCGAAUUGGACUCUUUCCCUAUAUAGACCUCAACUCCCUGAAAGAGUAUAACGGUGGCAUUCCGCAACGGGGGAACCUGCGUGCUAGUCUUCAGAUGGCUACGGAAGAGUUUGUUAAAUAUAUUCCUGACUCCUCCCCUGGUCUUGCUGUAAUGGAUUGGGAGGAGUGGCUUCCAAUGUUUAAUUGGAAUUUGGAUGAGAAGAUGAUCUACAAAAAUCUGUCCAUCGAGUACACCCGUGCGGAAAACGCUAGUCUCAGUCUGCAACAGGCUAGCAGCAAAGCUAAACAGCACUUCCAGAAGGAAGCCAGGAGUUUCAUGGAGGAAACUCUUAAGUCAGGAAUUGCUCUUCGACCCAAGUAUCUGUGGGGCUACUACUUAUUUCCAGAGUGCUAUAACCAUGACUUUGAGGAGUCAAACUAUACAGGAAUUUGCUCAAAGCCCACAAAGCAGAUGAACAACGAUCUUCUCUGGCUGUGGGAAGCUAGCACGGCCCUUUUUCCAUCAGCAUACCUGCCAGUCUCUGUGAGUGGAAACAAGAGCGCUGCACUGUUUGUCCGUAACCAGGUGCAGGAGGCAAAUAGAGUGGCAGCACUGCCAAAACAUAACUACACUGCACCUAUCUAUGUGUACCUACGUCCCUUCUUUCAGGACCAAAAGGAGCUUUUCAUGAAUGAGAUUGACUUGGUCAGCAGUAUUGGUGAGAGUGCAGCCUUGGGAGCCUCUGGAUCUGUGCUGUGGGGAGCUAGUGCUGAUUACAAUGACAAGGCCUCAUGUGAAGCCUUGUCUGAAUACCUAUCUGAUACUUUAAACCCCUACAUUGUCAAUGUCACGUCCUGCGCCUAUUUCUGCAGCAAACGUCUCUGUCAAGGCAACGGGCGCUGUGUCCGCAAAAACUACAACUCAGACGACUACCUCCACCUCAGUUCAGAUAGUCACCACAUCAGUAGGAAUGCUGGGAAAUAUGUGGUCACUGGGACCCCCUCUCUGAGUGAUCUCACCUUCUGGGCAAACAAAUUCACCUGUCAGUGCUAUGAAGACAGGGAGUGCUCUGCCAAGAAACUCUAGGAUGUUCAAUGUGUUUGACUAGAUGAUAACAUGGAGCAUUAUAUUAAAUGUUCCAUUUCACAUUAUUGAUAAGUGAUAAAUAGUAAUCUUUAGAGAGAAAAAAUAUUUGCACAAAGUGAAAGUGUUCAUUUACAGUUGAUUAUUGAGAUCAAGGAAGUAAUAUUCGACUGGUCAUGUGAUCUCAACAUGGAAGCGCUCAUGAAUGUGUGCCCAGCACCAUAUAUGUAGCAUCAAGCAUCCUUUUCUCUAAAACUGAUUUAACUAGAAUCUUUAAUCUCAUCUAAGUGUACAUAAUUUUUUUGAUUGAAAUUUUUCAAUAUUUUUUUGUUUCUGUUUAAAUGUUUAGCAAUUAGCAAACAAGUACUUGCACCUUUAAGACUGUCUUAUUUGUAAUCACAAAAUAUUUUUAUUUUAACUAAUCAUGAAUAAAUCCAAACAGACUUGAUGUCAGACACAAUAUCACUGAUUUUACAAUAACACGGAGUAAUUGGACAAAAGAGGAUUCAACAGUGAAAGAAAUACUGUACAUAUUUAUGUGUCAAGGAAUUGCUUUAGAAUAGGUAUUCACCUAUGCAUGGGUGCAUUGUCCUGCUUCUUCACAUUAAAUGCAUUAGCCAUUUGCAAUUUCAAUUCAUUUACAAUUUGUGUGACUUUGUUAGCAUCAUAGGUGAAAUAUAGAAAAACAAGACAAUUAAAAUAUACAUACAUACAUAGCACUACAAUUUAUGUAAAAAUAAAUAAA